GUUGGUAGUGCUCGAUGUAACAUUUCCUAAAGCCAGAGAUAACGAUGCUUCUUGCACGAGGCUUGUGCGUUUUAACAAUCGCUCUUGUAGUUCUAUGCGACGAGGGCCCUGCAUUGAAUUAUUCUUACUAUGCUAAGACAUGUCCCCGGGCUGAAUCCAUUGUCAGCUCCAGCAUCAGAACGUUUUUAAGGCGGGACAGGAGUGAAGUCGCGGGGCUGCUGCGAAUAAUUUUCCACGACUGUUUCGUUCAGGGAUGUGACGCGUCUGUUCUUCUCGUGGGCCUCAACGGCAAAGAGUCCGAGCAGCAGGCAGUUCCAAAUCUAACUCUACGCCCAAAAUCCUUGCAAGCGAUCACCGACAUCAAGGCACGUCUAGAAAAGGCUUGCCCCGGCACUGUCUCGUGCGCAGAUAUAAUCGCAUUAGCCACCCGAGACGCUGUCAACCUGGCUGGCGGCCCCUGGUUCCCUCUCCCCACCGGUCGCAAAGACAGCAAAAGCUUUGCAAGUGUGCAGGAGACCCUCAACAACUUGCCUCCACCGUCUUUCAACGCCUCUGAGCUGCUGGAGAGCUUCCAAAGCAAGGGGUUGAACGCUACUGAUCUCGUCGCUCUGUCAGGUGCUCACACGGUCGGCAAAGCCCACUGCCCGACGUUCUCCGGCCGCUUGCGUCCAUCGCUGGACCCCGACUUGGACAUAAAUUUCGCCCAAAAGCUGGCGGCGACUUGCCGGGAAGGCGACGACGACUUCGCGACCUCAAACUCCACGGAUCUCGACAGCUCCACUCCAAACCGAUUCGACAACGCGUACUACAGGAACCUGUUGAGGAAGAAGGGGCUUCUCACCUCGGACCAGCAGCUGUUCGUGGACAAUCGCACGAGCAGCCUGGUGGAAGCGUUCGCGUGCAGCCAGCGCUCCUUCUUCUCGCAGUUUGCGGCGUCGUUCGUCAAGCUCAGCAAGAUCCAAGUGCUCACUGGGAGCGAGGGGGAGGUCCGGAUCAAUUGCUCCGUUGCCAAUCCAUCGCGAAUGCUCUACGAUGCUUGAAAUCUACAUUAAAUUUUUGGUGGUGUAUAGUUUUGGUGUAUUUUUCAAUGUAUGUUUUUGAUUGACAGUGA